AUGGCUGGCGCAAAGAAGGGACCGAUGAAGAAGUCCGACAAGUGCAAAACGAUGAUGAUGCCGACGGAUGUUGAGCAAGCCAACGAGGGCAUGACCAAGGGCGUCGGUCGAAAAUACAUCUUCACCGAGCCUCGCCCACUUAAAGUGAGGGAGACGGACCAUGCACGUGUGCAAAAGGUGCAGCCGGCUCCCAAGAGGAAGGAGAUCCCGGUGGAUGUUGCGGUCCUUCAACGCCUCAACAUCAACAAGCCGAAGGCGAAUGAGGAUCUGCCGAAGGCAAGGGCAGGAAAGGAUCAGCCCAAGGAUGAAGAUGAGGAUGAGCCGAUGGCGGGCGACACUGCGAGCGGCAGUGAGGACGACAUUGACGAGUUCGACGGUAAGACUGUCGUGCCUGCCAACAGCGUCUAG